GACAUUCAAUCUUCCCUAGCAUGUAGUACUCAACCAAUCUUUUAUUAUCUUGAAAAAAUUCACAUAUAUAGAUUUGAAAAAGAUAAACACACACAUAUAUUUUAAUCAGGAUCCAUUUCCAUGGUGGACUAUAACACCACCACCACCACCAUUUAUAAAUACCUUUCCCCCAUCUCACAACCUUCCUUACUAUACCACUUAAAACUCUUUUCUAUACCUCAAGAAAACCUUAAAAAAAAAUUCCAUCAAAAAAUUUCAUCACUACACAAAUCCAAAAAUGGGAGGAGGAACUUCACCCUGUGCCUCCUGCAAACUGCUCCGACGACGCUGCGCAAAAGACUGUGUCUUCUCCCCUUAUUUCCCCCCAGAUGAUCCUCACAAGUUCGCCAUUGUUCACAAGGUUUUUGGUGCUAGCAAUGUGAGCAAGAUGCUGCAGGAGCUUCCAUUUCAUCAAAGAGGAGAUGCAGUGAGCAGCUUAGUGUAUGAAGCUAAUGCUAGGAUGAGGGACCCUGUGUACGGCUGCGUGGGCGCGAUUUCGUAUUUGCAGAAUCAAGUUUCGCAGCUGCAGAUGCAGCUAGCAGUGGCUCAAGCAGAGAUACUUUGCAUUCAGAUGCAGCAAGAGCAGCAGCAGCAGCAGCCACCAUUCAUGCCUAAUAACAAUGAUAGUGCUCAAGAUGAGAAGUCCCUUGUUAAUUUUAGUAGCCUCCAACAAUACCUUAGCUUUGCUUCAACUAGUUCUACCAAUAAUGUGAUGCAAGAUCCUCUCAAGAGAGAGUCCCUUUGGACUUAAUUAAUUAGCUAGGGUUAAUGUUUUCCUAAUUAAUUUGGUACGUAUUUUGUUUCAUCAGCACGUAUUUUAGAGGGAACUAGCUAGCUUUUGUGUGUAUUAGUUUUGAACAUCUAACUAGCUUAAUUAAUUAUAAUCAAAGUUUCCUCUCC